AUGUUGGCUAAAAUUUUUUGUUGGUGCAGUCAUUUGGAUGAUAGUAGAUUCAUCGAUGAAUUAAUGUCUAAAAAUGUUUCUUUCGUGAGAAUAGUUCGGGACCCGAAGACUGAUAAUAGUAAAGGUUUUGCUUUUGUGGCAUUCAAGGAGAAUGCAGCCAUACCACUUGCACUACAGCUUGAUGGAUCGAUCUUCAAAAGUCGUCCAUUGCGUGUCAAAAGAGUACAGAAGAAGAGCAAGACAAGGAGUCAUCAGCAUUCGCUGAGAAAUAUUGCGAAACAACGUACUGGUCAUAUGCUAAGAACGUAG